CCCGCGAGAUGGACGUGUACUAAAACUACCAGAAAACACCCACCACAGGUUUAUAUUUGUUUUAGCUACACUACAAAACUUAGCUAUAUUCCUGCUAUAUUUCCAGAUAUGUGUAUGCUGUGACGUUAUCAGUGACCUGUCUGCUGCAAACCAUCCAGAGGGUUUAUUAACACACACACCGACACACACACACACACAACACAGAGGUUAGUUAGAACCAUGGACAGAGAGUGUGUGUCGCUGCUGCCCCGGGUCUGCGAGGUGCUGGGGAACUCGGGGAGGUCUCUGCCCGAUGACACCAGCCUGGAGAAACUGCUGGACUGGUUCACAGGGCUCACUGAAGCUGGGGGAUCUCUGCUGAAGGCCUACCCAUGUCUACUUGAGUUCAUGUCCUCUGUGGUUCACAAAACAUCAUCAGACCCCGCGGUCAUCUCCUUCACUCUCAAACUCUCCGGUUUAAUGGCUGCCACUGAGGACGGCUUCAAAAUGCUUCAGGAGUGCUCUGUUCUGGACCUUGCCUUUAACCAUCAGCACUGGCAUGAAGCGGGUCUCUGGGAGGAUCCCUGUAUACGGAUUGGCUGGAUUCAGGGCUUAAGGAGCAUGCUGCAGCACUCAAAGGCUCUCAGUUUCUUCGUACAAGCAGAUUUCAUUGCGCCGCUCCUACGACUCCAGACAGACACAAGUCUAUUUGUUGCCUCAGCUGCCAAUCAAAUGCUCGCCCACAUCCUGCUGUUCUUUCAGCCAGUGUUGUCUGCAGGAUGUAACGGCGUGGGUAAGAAGCACGGGGACGACGAGAAGACACAAGCCUCCAUCACAGACAUAGAGCGCUCAGUUGUCACCAUGAAAACCAGCCAAGAUUACACUGCUGUUGUCGUGGCGACCUCAAAGUACCUCAAGGAGUCACUGGUUCCCACAGAAAACACACGGCUCCGUCGGAGCCUGCAGACCCUCAAACUGCUGGGCCUGCUCCUGACCCAGGCCAGACCUCGUCUCCGGGACCAGCUGCUCCAGACAGUCGCAGACCCCCUGGAGGAGCUGGUGACAGCCGGCUACAGUCAACUCACGCUGCCUCUGAUGGACAUUGUUCUGGCUGCAUACAGCACCUCCAGCUCUGAUGAAUGCGUCCCAGACCGACACGUCACCCGUCUUCUGUCGUCCAUGUUGGCUAUGAACAAACCCUCUGACCUCAUUCAGGCUGCAGCUGCUUUCCUCCGCAGAGGCCAUCAGGACACUGUCCACACAGCCCGGGCUGUGAGAAUACUACUGCUACCCCUCGACAUAAUAACUGGUCAGGCUCUUCUUGGCACAAACACUGAAGUAGAAGAGCAUCAGUUUUCAGUGGUGGAGCAGCUGAAGAGUAAAACCCCCUGCAUCUCUAUCAUCUGUGUCUGUCUGACAAACACACCACAGAUCACGCUCGUGCCUCCUGACUUACUCCCCUGUCCUCCAGCUGUAAUUGUCACUGCAGUUGUGUCAUUGUUAAGGAUCUGCAGUGGUGACUCUUCCUCCUCACCCGCCGGCUGUCCUGAGGUUUUCAGGAAUGUAAUCGGCAGUGGCAAAGUUCAGAAAAGUGCUCUAGAGGCUCUGACGGGUCUCAGCAGCAGCCCAGGAGUGAAAGACAAGCUGAUUGAGGUGUUCACAGUUCUGAUACAGUAUCUGAACAAUCCUGACUCUGACCCCACUGUGCUGCACAAGUCCUACCAGGCCUUAGUGAAGUGGAUGAGUGUGUGUAAAGACCUCUCCUCUAUAACAGACGAGCUCAGACGAGAGCUCGCUGAGGUGGUGAAGAAACGUGUGUGUGACAUGCGCUGGGAGGUGAGAGACUCGACUGUGGAGUUUCUGGGAAAACUGGCAGGUGUCGUGAAAUCGGCCGGGGAGGUGCGCGACGGGUCCGAGGCCUUGCUGGGCGCCUGCCGUAGCGCUCCUCUCCUCAGGGAGGCGCUGCAGGAUCCAGAGAGUUACGUGAGAGCCAGCGCCAUCUCUGCACUGGCACAGACACUGGCACACAGCUGGCAGCAGGGGGCAGCACUCACACAGGAGCAGACUGACGUAGUGAGCCGGCUGCUUGAAAUUCUGUCUCAGGACACAGAGGGAUUCGCCAGGAGGGCGGUUGUGCGGUAUUUCAUCGCCUGGUUUUCUUCACGCUCCCCUUCCUCUCUCCUGAUGAACUCUGUGAGCUCCGUCCUCUCUCUGGGCAGCGCUGAUCUGGACUGGGAGGUCAAAGUUCACACUCUGGAGCUGGCUGAGCUGCUGCUGGACGAAGCCCUUUCAGGUCACCGUGGUUACAGGAAGGGCUCAGACUCUCAGCAUGCCCUGCCACACCCAUACGCUGUGGUUUCUGAUCAGACUUACACGCUUCACUCACACACUGGGUCACACACAGGGGGUGUGGAGUCAGAUUUGGCCGCUGUGCUCAAUAAUCUGGUAGAACAAGGAGUCAUCUCAGCGUUACUGAGCGGUCUGGUCGACUGCGAUAGGCCUGUGGGUCUGAAAGCCUGUCAACUCCUGAUUACGCUCAGAGAGACGGUCUGCCCUAUGUCGUUAGAGGCACUGGAUGCACCUGCUGCCAUGGUAACAGUGGCCAGGGUGUCCUGUGAGCUGCCUGGAUGUGGCUGGGGGCGAGAGAUCAGAAAAAUACUGGGGGUGAAGAAGUGUGAUCACACUAAAGAGGCAGACAUCGCUGCCGACGGAGCAGAGGCGGUUGAUUCUGAAGGCUGUGGUGAGAUGGGAAAGGACGGUGUGAGAGAGGGAGGAGACAGUGUGUGCGUUGGUGUGUGUGAGGUAUUGAGGUCUCUGGGUUUAGACGCACAGCUGGACAUACUGACUCAAAGCAGCGACCACGUCCAUAACUCUCCCCUCUCUCUGCUGCAGGACAUACUGACUGCGAGUGCCGCACACACUCGUCCAGACACACAACCAGGACAAGAAGUCAUAGUGGACUGUUACUGA